AUCCCUAUGAUUCUUAUGAAAUACGAACUACCAGUCUAGUAUCACUACCAAGUACCAAUGAUCACAGAAGGCUUGAGUGAAUUGCCUGUCACGGUUUUUGGAUUUGUACCUUGUGAGUAAAAUGCAAUGUCGCAUAAAUGUUGCGUGCUUGACUGCGAGGAGUUAGUAAAGGAAACACGCGCUAAGGGCUUGCCGCUACAUAAGUUCCCCAAGGAUCCACUGUUACGUAUUAAGUGGCUUACUAGUGGUGGCUUUUCUCAGGACUUUAAGCCGACGAACAGUCAAAUUGUGUGCUAUAAGCAUUUUAAACAGCACGACUACGAGAUAGGUCGUAGUCACAAACUCUUUCUUAAAAAGGGCUCGGUACCAAGUGUAUUUGCCAACUAUCAGCAGCACCCAGAUCCCAUAACUCCGGAAUCCAAUUUAAUCGUUAGCCGUCUGCAAGCGAAGCUCUCGGCGGCUACGAUUAAUUCCCAAGCUCAAGCCCAGAUACAUUCGCAAUCACAGGUGCAGACGCAAGCUUUAGUGCCCACCGCAAGCGAGUUCCCGGAUGUAUCUCCUGGCGGUAAUCUCGACAGCUCUUGUUCCAGUCUUGAUGUUUCCAUGGAUUCAUCCUGCUCAAUGCCUAACGGACACGCUCUGAAUAAACCAACAGAGCCCCAGCUUCCUCUUACACCAAGUCCUGCCGAUCUUCUCUCACCACCUGUUAACACCUCAACUUUCUCUCCCCAGUUGUAUUCUUUUGAUCACACUCCUAUUCCAUCUUCUUUUCCUAGCCUUGUCCACCCCCAACCAACAGCUACAAUGAAGACCAAGACUAUUCCCAACCAAGUUAGUACUACACAUUCCCAGCAGCAGCCUUUUAGUACUAGUACUCUUGUGUUGAAAAAGACAAUGAACAGUGACAUUAAACUACGCACAUAUAGUCGUACAGACUUGACGUUUUUGCCAGGCUCUAAGCUUGAAGCAAAAGACUUCAAUGAAAAAUGGUACUCUGCUCGUGUUGUGGAAACUGACUGGGGUGAAAGGGAGGUUCUCAUCCAUUUUGAUAAGUGGAGCUCACGAUUUGAUGAAUGGAUUCCAAUGGACAGUUCUAGACUACGCACUUUGCAGCUGCAUUCUAAAGAGACAAAACCAAAAGAAUUUAUUGUUGGGGAAAGAAUUUUGGCUACUUGGGUUGAUGGUAAAAAAUAUCCAGCAAAAGUUAAUACUGUUUUAGGCAAUGACAAGUAUGAUGUUCUUUUUGAUGAUGGAUAUUCGAAAGUCUUGAAGGCUUCCAAAAUGACUAAAUUGCUGGAGUUGCCUCCUAAUAAGCAAGAGGAAGAAAAUACUAAUUAUUUAGGCAGCAAACAAGAAAGAAGGGACAAAAAGAGAAAACAUACUGUGACUGAAUUAUUUUACCACAAGAAGAAGGUCAAAAGCGAGCCAGAUAAAAUAUACAAAAAGCUGGAUUCGGUGGAUACACGUAAUGUCAAAUAUUUAUCAAAAACAGAACCUGGACCUUUAGUCAAAACAGAAGCUCUGCCUAGACUUGAUAAUCAUCAAAAUGUCACAAAUUCAGUGGGUUUAGAUGAAGAUUAUGCUACAUAUAUAGGAAAUUUACGAGUUGAAAUUGAAGAUAGUACUUAUAAAUGUCCAAAAACAGGUUGUAUAAAAAAUUUUAGGAAAGAAAAUUUACUACAAAUGCAUAUAAAGCAUUAUCAUCCUGAAUAUUCAAAGUUGAUGGGUUCUACACCAAAUGUUGCUGAUUUGGCCUAUGCAAGAACUAUUGGAGAGUCUAUCGAAGAUUUUUUACCAAGAAAAUCAAAAUCAGGUUCUAUUGUACAUGGAAUAUCUUCAUCUCAAGUUGGAGAUAUAGAAUUUACAACUACAGACACUGAUAAUAGAUUAGAAUCUAAAUUUUCAACAGAAGGUAAUGCAAGUACCAUUGAAGAUAACUCUUCGGAACUAAGUAACAGUUGUACUAUGUCACCAGGAAGGUUGUUUGACAUACGCUCUAAAGAAGAAAAAAUUCACACAGGCAUUAAAACAUUACCACCAGUUAGACAGCCUGUAAUAUUUGAAACUGAUAAUCAUGGAGAUUUUUCUAAUAUUUUAAAUGAUAAUUACAAAUUAGAUAAUAUCACUGAUAAUGGAAAGACAAAUAAGAAAAAACAGUUACAAUAUUGUUCUGACACUUAUGGCAAAGUCAAAAAGUCAAGAGGGGUCACUGAAAAUGAUGAAAGUUUUGAGCAAUAUGACGAUAGCUUGCCAGAUGGAAAUGAUAUAUCAGACUUGACAUGUCAUAGUAUCAGCAAUGGACGAGUUGAACCAGAAAAUGAAUUUACUCACUGUAAAACAGGUGAAGUUAUGAUUAUUAAUGGCGAAGUUAUAAAAGUAGAAAAACUAAAAAGAGAAGAAAUAAUCAAUUGUACUUGUGGCAUAACAGAAGAAGAUGGAUUAAUGAUUCAGUGUGAUCUUUGUUUAUGCUGGCAACAUGGUCAUUGCAAUGCAAUUGAAAAAGAAAAGGAUGUUCCUGAAAAGUAUGUAUGUUACAUAUGUCAACAUUCUCACAGGCAACGUACUACUAAAAAAUAUUUUCAUGACCAAGAAUGGAUUAAAGAAGGAAAAUUGCCAAGUAUAUAUGCUUAUUCAAGUAACAAAAUAAAAGUGAAUGAAAGAACUGCAACAUUAAAGCGCUCUUGUGAUUUAAUUGCAAGUUUAUUGCAAAUUCGAGAUUUACUAUAUAGUUUGAGAGUAAAAGUUAAUGUUGCUCAAAAUAAAGAUCAUCAAAAGCUAUAUCUUUGGGCUAAGAAUUGGAGUAAAAUUCCGGUUCCAACUUUACUAAUGGAGCCAGUACCAAUCAUUGAAAUAGUAAAAACUGAGAUAUGUAGUAUUAAUGAAAAUAUGAAUGAAAGAUUGGAAAACAAUUUUUUAACGAAACAAGAAGAUGAUCAUAAAUUGAUAACUUCUGAUACUGAAUUAAUGCAAAUUUUAGAAGAAGAUAAUUCUCCAACUGAAGAUGCAAAGCUUCUAACAAAGAAUUUCUCUCAAAAUAAUUGCAAGGAAGAAGGACAUAUUCUGCUUGAUGCAUUGACAAAAAAUGUAAUAGAGGGGCAAAAUCAACAAUUUUCAUUUACUAAAUCUGAAAUGAAUAAUGGUAUCUCAACAUUCAAACAGAAUUCAAUUUCAAGACAUAUUACAUCAGAAAAACUACAUAAAAUUUCAAACAUCUCAAUCAAUAGCGGAAAUAAAUUUUUAAAUAUUCCACAACCAGUUGUACCUGAACCAGAGGCCCCAAUUGAUCCAGUUGAAUGUAAAUUGAGAUUAUUAGAGCAUAUUGAUAAUUUUCAAAACUACCUAGACUCCACAUUAAAUUUUGUGGAAACACAGUUAUCUGCCUUGGAAGAAAUGACUGAAAAGUACAAUAAUAGUCAUGUACAGAUUAAACAAACAAUGCAAAUGCUUUUAAAUGAUUUGGAUUCAAUACGAAAGUUAGCUGCAUUAUGUUAGUAUAUGUGUACUACUUUUGUGUUUUGUAAAGUAUAUAUUGUGUAGUUAUUAUACAUGUUUGUAGAUGUAAAUAUGAUUAAAAAGACUAUUAAUAUUCUAUUCAUUUUAAUGUAAACAAUGUUCAUACAUGACAAGACAUUUAAAAUUAUUUGAGUAGAUUAAAUAUUUUCUUGAUCUUAUUUAUUAUUAAAAUAUACUUGUAAUAGUGUACCAGGGCAAAUAUUUGCUUGUGUAUUUUGUGAUAAAUAAAUAAAUUUAUUAAA